UCCCCAUCCGUGCGUAAUGGUGCGGGACUGCGCCGCAGAUGUUUGUGUGCAGGAAUGCUUUUCUACUUCUGAGGUUGGGGUUAGGGUUGAAUUUUAUACGAAUUAGUAUGUUGUAGGCCAAUGACUGCACAUAUGAAGGUGCAGGCCUACCUCUCUUGUUCUAAACAACCACAAGGCAUCUAAACAGUUCCAGGCUCCGGCUGUGAGUUAGUUUAUCUGUACCUCCCUGAACUCUCCGAUUAGCCGGGCAGGCAGCUGUCGUCAUCAGCAGCACCCCCGGUUUUUUCCCUUUCCUAAAUGGAUGGGGCUGUCCUGCUUCAUGCACAGUUCCACCGAAGCCAAAAGAUUGGAACAACUUGUGAAUUCACCCGUCAGUUUGGUUUGCGUUUGCGGUAACGUUCAGAAGAAUGCUCGACGGCGGCUUCGCUGAAGAAGUUAAAGAUUGAGAAGGUUUUUUUUUCUUUCUCAUAAACUGUGCGGCGUUCAGGACUGGAGCAGGAGAGGAGGGAGAGGGAACAGCGGUUUGCCUACUACAACGUUUACAAUAGAAAGGAAACUUCAACUCCCGUGAGGAGUGGACUGAAGUGAAGUGGCAGCUCGUAAUUCCACAAUGGCUUUCGCUCUGGAUUGUAUAUAUUUAUGGAUGUGCUGUUCUCUCGGCUUGAUAUUUUUAGAUCACAAACAUACUGUGAAAUCACAUGAACAUCUCUCUGGAAAGUUAAGUGAAUAUGGUCUUAUCGUGCCGUUCAGCACAGACUCCCACGGCCGCUACAUCUCCCACGUGGUCUCAGUCUCAGGAGCCUGGGCCUCAGCUGCAACGGGAGAAAGUGAAAGUGAAGGUGCUGAUGCAGGUGGUGGUGUUUCCUCAUCCCCUGGUCCGGGAAAGAGGCGUGUGUCCCGUAGCGUCCCCGAGACACCCUCUAUCACCUCUGGCGCAGGCCAACACCUGUUUUUCAACGUCACUGUGUUUGGGAAAGAGUUGCACCUUCGCCUCAAAGCAAACAGGAGGCUGGUGGCUCCGGGGGCAUUUGUGGAAUGGCAGGAGGACUUUGAGGAGAAGGCUAAGGAGCGUCUCCACGGGGACUGUGUUUUCACUGGAGACAUAUCCAACAUGCCAGAGGCCACUGUUGCCAUAAGCAACUGUGAUGGACUGGCAGGCCUGAUCCGGACUGAUAACGGGGAGUUUUUCAUCGAGCCUCUGGAGAAGGGUCAGCAGGAUGUGGAGGUGAAAGGUCGUGUCCAUGUGGUCUACAGGAGAUCUGCCAUCAAAAGUGAACCAGUCCAAACAAGGAAGGACCUCCCCAAUGAAGUGACAGACUUUGGGAUUGCUGACCUCCCCGGUGCUCUGGACCUCUUGGAGCUCAAGCUGACAGAGUCUGAGCGCAAACGGCGGCACGCCAAGAAGGACGACUACAACAUCGAGGUGCUGCUGGCUGUGGACGACUCUGUGGUGCGCUUCCAUGGCAAGGAGCACGUACAGAACUAUGUCCUCACACUCAUCAACAUAGUUGAUGAGAUCUACCACGAUGAGUCCUUGGGAACCAACAUCAACAUCGUCCUCGUCCGCAUGAUCAUGGUCGGGUACAGACAGUCCAUCAGCCUGAUCGAGCGUGGGAACCCGUCCCGUAGCCUGGAGCAGGUGUGUCGCUGGGCCAACACGCAGCAGCGCCGGGACCCCGAUCAUGCUGAGUACCAUGACCAUGCCAUCUUCCUCACAAGGCAAGAUUUUGGUCCCGCAGGUAUGCAAGGUUACGCCCCGGUGACAGGCAUGUGCCACCCUCUGAGGAGCUGCACUCUGAACCACGAGGACGGAUUCUCCUCGGCCUUCGUGGUGGCGCACGAGACCGGACAUGUGUUAGGUAUGGAACAUGACGGACAGGGGAAUCGUUGUUCUGACGAGACCAGCAUGGGGAGUAUCAUGGCACCGCUGGUCCAAGCAGCCUUCCAUCGCUACCACUGGUCACGCUGCAGUAAACAGGAACUGAACCGAUACAUCCACUCUUAUGACUGUCUCCUGGACAACCCUUUUGAACACAAGUGGCCCAAGCUUCCUGAGCUACCUGGGAUUAACUACUCCAUGGACGAGCAGUGUCGUUUUGAUUUCGGCGUGGGCUACAAGAUGUGCACCGCUUUCCGGACCUACGAUCCCUGCAAGCAGCUGUGGUGUAGUCACCCUGAUAACCAGUACUUUUGUAAGACCAAGAAGGGUCCUCCGGUGGAUGGGACGGAAUGUGCACCGUCGAAGUGGUGCUUCAAGGGCCACUGUAUCUGGCGCUCCUCUAACCAGCCUCAGGGCCAUGACGGUAACUGGGGGUCCUGGACUAAGUUUGGGUCCUGCUCCAGAACCUGUGGAGGUGGAGUACGCUCCCGGAGCAGAACUUGUAACAACCCUGUGCCUGCGUACGGCGGUCGGGAUUGCCCCGGGUCCACCUUCGAUUACCAGAUGUGUAACAUGGAGGAGUGUGUCGGACCCUACGAAGACUUCCGCGCUCAACAGUGUGUCCAGAGGAGCAACAAAUAUCACAAGAACACCAAGCACACCUGGCUACCUUACGAACACCCAGAUGAGGCUCACAAGUGUGAGUUGAGCUGUCAGUCCAAAGAGACCGGUGAGGUGGUGGUCAUGAACCAGGUGAUGCAUGAUGGGACGCGGUGCAGCUACACAGACCCUUUCAGUGUCUGCACCCGGGGGGAAUGUCUGCAUGUGGGCUGCGACAAAGAGGUUGGCUCGUACAAACAAGAAGACAAGUGUGGAGUCUGUGGUGGGGACAACUCCCACUGUCGCACUGUCAAACUGACCCUCACCAAGAUACCAAAGAAAACAGGCAUGCUGAAGAUGUUUGAUAUUCCGAUCGGUGCCCGACACAUCGUUAUAGAGGAGAAUGAGACUUCCUCCCACAUAAUUGCUGUUAAGAAUCAAGUCACAGGCAGCUUCAUAUUGAACGCAAAAAGUGGAGAUGCCAAGUCCAGAACCUUCAUCGACAGCGGUUUGGAGUGGGAGUACGUCUUCGGAAGCGGCGAGAAAGAAACCCUGAAAACAAUCGGCCCCCUUCACGAGGGCAUCGUUGUUCUGGUCAUUCCACAGGAGGAGGACACUAAGAUCAGUCUGACAUAUAAGUACAUUAUCCAUGAGGACCUGCUGCCGGUCAUCACCAAUAACAACGUUCUCCUGGCCGAGCUGGAUACCUACGAGUGGGCCCUGAAGAGCUGGUCGCAGUGCUCUAAACCCUGUGGGGGAGGUAUACAGUACACCAAAUACGGAUGCAGGAGGAAGAGCGACAGUCGACUGGUGCACCGGAACCUCUGUGAAACCAGCAAGAAGCCCAAACCCAUCCGGAAGAGGUGCAACGUGAACGAGUGCAGCCAGCCAACGUGGUUGGUGGAGGAGUGGAACCUGUGCAGUAAGACGUGUGGGAAGAUUGGCUACCAGUCCAGGGUUGUUCAGUGUAUGCAGGCCCUCCACAACGGCACCAACCGGACGGUCCACACUAAGUACUGUACAGAGGACAAGCCUGAGACCAGGAAGGUCUGUAACCCCUCUGCCUGCCCUGCACAGUGGAGGACAGGGGCCUGGUCACAGUGUUCAGUAAGCUGUGGAGAGGGGAUUCGACAGAGACAGGUUGUGUGUAGAGCCACAGACAACACCAUCGGCCAGUGUGAGGGAGACAAGCCUGAAACCGUCCUCAUCUGUAAACUGAGCCCGUGUCCAGGACAGUCAUCCCUGCCCCCGUUCACCAAAGAAGCGAUGGAGAAUUCAACGACAAAGACGGAGGGUGUACAUCAGAUUGUUCCUGAGAAUCCUGUCCACAAACUCUCCUUCAAUGAGCCAUGUCUUGGAGACAAGUCUAUAUUCUGCCAGAUGGAGGUCCUAGCCCGUUACUGUUCCAUUCCUGGCUACAACAAGCUGUGCUGUGAGUCCUGCAACAGGAAGGAAGGCUUCACCACCCUCUUCUCUCCAUCCCCAGACCUCCACAAGACUGGAGGAUCCUCCGACUCAGACUCUGAGACUGGCCAGGAGACCUCUACCCAGCCCAACCCCACCCAACCAUCAGACUCCCCGCUUCCCACCACCACCCAGAGCCCAUCCCGAACCACUAAGACCCCUAGACGGCCUCGCUCCACUGCUCAGGGCCUGACCACCUCACCGUCGGCGAGUGCCGUCGUUCCCCAGGGUCCUUCCUUUGGGGUCAGGGAUGGAGACUUGGUCCCUGGGCUCCCUUCUCUACCUCCAGGUCCCAGCCCGCCUCUCCGGCCCCGGCUCCGAUCCAAUGGAGACUUGGUCCCUGGGCUCCCUUCUCUACCUCCAGGUCCCAGCCCGCCUCUCCGGCUCCGAUCCAAUGGAGACACUGCUUUAUCGCCAUCUAAAGAGCACAGCAGUCCAAACAACCGCUCUUUAGGCCAAUCCGCCGGCCCCGGCCCUGAACCCAGGCCUGCUGGAACUGUGGCUGGCGUUGCUGCUGCCAGGUCAAGAAGGGAGGAUGUAGGAUCAGACUCGGCUCACAGAACCAGAACAACCAGGACCCUGUCCCAUGUGCUGACAUGAUCACUGACUUAUCCUGGGACUUGCUGCUCAGUAAUCUGGUCCACCGUGACUUCUGUCAGCUCAACGUUAUUGCAACGUUGUUACAGCAUUAGAGUGUUACAGCGUUACAAUGUGACAAUGUUACAAUAUGACAAUGUUACAAUGUGACAACUUUAUUACAACAUUGUUACAACAUUAUUACAACCAUCUGAUGGAUUAUCCUGGACUGGACUCUCACCCGAUUGCUGCAAGAAUAAAUUAACAUAAAAUUUAAAAAAAUUAAUCCAUGGCAGUGGACUUAGACCACUAAUGGUUACCUCAUCGAACCAGCAGAGUGAUCUCUAUGCAUUUGCACUGCAUCACUCGGCCCCAACUCUGCUUCAGUUAAUAAAUGGAAUUAAUAAACAAGAAAAUAAAAAUGGUGCUGGAACUAAAAUGACUACAAGACAUGUUAAACAAUGUGACGACUGCAUUGCUACCAUUUACUUCCUGAUCUGUGUACAGUUUGUUGCAAACGUAUUUUGAAAGUGCAUCAGAACUACUUAUUGAACUUUAAUAUUGUGAAGAUAUUGUGUGGCACGGCCAAUAAAAACCUUCACUUUGAGGGGCUGUCACAAGUUGAAGUGAUGAUGUCACAAUGUAUUGAUGAUGUCACAAUGUAUUGGAGAUGAUGUCACAAUGUAUUGGUGAUGAUGUCGCAGUGUCUUGGUGAUGAUGGCACUUUCUCCCCAUUGGUGCUCUUAUUGUUGACGUGCUUCCCAAACAACCAUUUACAAAAGAUUGACCUCAGAGGUCAUCUAAAGGUCAACAGGUCAAGUCUGUUUGUAAAGCCAACCCCACUGUAGCAUGCACAUUACCUUUGUGGAAAAACUCACACAUAUGCUUUAAAAGAUAAAAAGAAAACCAUUCUUGAUAUUUUUUUUGUAAGUGAUAUAUUUUUCAAGUAAUAUUGUAUAUAGUGUACAUUUCAGCAGCAUAUUAUUAUCUAAGAAACUAACAGCCAGCCAACAGAAUGUAAAGUAUAAUGAUGUCAGUCGAGAAGUAGAGGGAAUGCUGUAAGUCUGCAGAGUGGUUGGUCUUGAUGUCACGCUGUUUCAAGUUGUGCAUUACCUCAUUUCUGUCUUGCAGGUCAUAACAUCAUUAUGUGUAUUGUAUAGUUCUUGUAUAUACAUGAAUGAAAAGCUUUAAAUGUUAAUAUUUAUUAAAUUUUUAAAUGGUAGGGAGAAAAAAAACUUUUGAAAGAAAAA